GAAGAAAAUCAGAGAAGGGAAAAGGUCAGAAACGAAGGGUACCUAUUAGGUCGAGACAAGACGAAUGUAAUUCGUUGUGACGUCUGACUAUUUAAGAUAAUUAUACAUCCCUCCCUAAAGUGUUCUUAUAAGGGAGUUAUUAUAUGAACAUCACAUGUUUUAUGCACGAUACUUCAUUGGAACACCGUUGGACCAACUUAUAACCUUUCAAUAACAAUGGCGACUUUGCAUAAGAAGCACCUUUGUCCGUCAAACCUAGCUAUAAACGCCGUGUUUUUUGAUUUGGACAACACUCUCAUCGAGACUAGAAAAGGCGAUAAUCAAACUUGUCGAAAGUUGGCUGAGGAACUAACACAAGAGUAUGGUAUUCCUGAAGAUGUAUCUGUUAAGAUCACAACAACAUACUUGAAACUAUUUAGAAAAUGUCCUGAUAAUAUGAUUAAUACUUUGGAUACUUGGCGCACAAUUUUAUGGACUAAAGCACUUGGAGAAAAAUAUUCAUACCUGGCAAAACAAGUUUAUGAACGAUGGUUGUAUCUACGAUAUUAUUAUCUAAUGUUGUCGUCGGAUGUAAUUUCAAUGCUUCGUCAAUUGAGAAUAAAAUACCUCAUUGGUUUGAUUACGAACGGCCCUUCUAAUGCUCAAUGGGAAAAAAUACAUAAGCUUUCGCUUGAACAGUAUUUUGACAUCAUUCUAGUUUCUGGUGAUUUACCAUGGGAGAAGCCAGAAAGAGAAAUAUUUCGUAAAGCAUGUCGAUUUUUAAAUGUAAAACCUGAUAGUUGCAUAAUGGUUGGCGAUAAACUGGAAACUGACAUUUUAGGCGGAAUUGAAGCAGGUCUAAAAGGUACAAUUUGGAUUCCAACAGUGGAUAAAUCACGUUUGUCGAAAGAAGAUCCACAACCAGAUUUUACUGUAAGACACGUGACAGAUGUCUUAGCUAUUUUAAAUAGAGGUCCUAAUGCUCCAGAACUUGAAGAUUCUUCUUCAAAUGCAUCUGAUGGUAGCUGAUAAAGAAUGAACUAAGUCAUUAUAGAAUGUCAUAGUUGCUCAGGAUGAAAUUUCUGUCUCGAAACUUAAUUUCUUUCUAAUUAACUUUUGCUAUAGCUACUACCAUUGUAGCAUGUAACUUAAUUAAUUUGCAUGCUUUUAAAAUAAUUCAAAAACACUUCAUAACGAUAUUUCUGAUUGAUUUGAUAUAGAAUAGAAGUAGAUGAAGUUAUUAACUGAAAAAUAGUAAACAAUUACUUACAUUGCAUUUGAAUCUAGAAAUGUGGUUCUGUAUAUUUCUAAGUUGAGAAAUAAUGUUUUUAUUUUUUUAUGAUAUGUGUAAGAUUAAAUUUAUACCUUUUGGAAGGCAA